GUUGAGCAUCGCGAUAUGUAUCAAGAUACAUGUGUCGAUAUAAAAGCUCAUGUCCCUGCUUGAUGUCAAUGACCAUGCUAGUGCAACAAAUCCGCCGGAGAGAUCUCAAGAACUUGCUCGUUUUCCGCCAUGACAAAAGUCAUUGCUGUUGUAGGGGCGACUGGAUCGCAGGGCGGCUCCGUAGCCAGGACGUUUCUGAAGAUCCCUGGCUGGGAAGUCCGCGGCAUCACACGGAACCGCAAUUCAGCAGCUGCUCGUGAGCUCGCUGAGCUUGGUGUCAAGAUCGUCGAAGCAGAUCUUGACGACGUUGCGUCUGUGGAGUCUGCGUUUUCCGGAGCAAGUGCCAUCUUCGGCGUAACUGAUUUCUGGCAAUUCGUCCAGUCUCCGAAGACCCAUGAAUUAGCGAAGUCCGAGAACAUCACCUGGAACGAGGCUUGCUUUCGUCUCGAGUUGCAGCAGGGUAUCAACAUCAUCGAUGCGGCGGUCAAGGUCGCGAAAGACUGCGUACUGGAAAGGCUCGUCUUAAGCACGCUCAGCGACGCCAAGAGAGCCUCCAAGGGCAAGUAUACUUGGGUCUACCACUAUGAUGGCAAGGCCCAGUUUGUGCAGUACCUCGAGAUGAAGGCACAAUCCGAGCCCGAGUACCGACAAUUGUUGGAGACGACGAGUUACGUCCAGAUGGGGUUUUACCUGGAUAACUGGAAGAUGACUCCCCUCUUCGCGCCACAGAAGCAAGCGAAUGGGUCCUAUGUGUGGUAUAUGGUCCAUGGGAAGAGUCCUAUUGAGCACGAGCAUCCACUUCCGGUGGUGCACCCACCAACCGAUACAGGCCCAUUUGUGGAAGCUCUCGUGUUGAAGGCGCCCCCAGGGACCACGGUGCUCGGAACCUCCAAGUUGUUCAAGUUUUCAGAGUUCGUAAAACUGUGGGGUGGUAUUCUCAAGGUGGAAGCUGGCAUCCAGGAAUUGUCGAUCGAAGAUCUAGACGCGAAAUUCCCGGGCGGAUUUGGUCGUGAGGUGGGCGAGUCGGCCGCAUACGUGCGUGAGUACGGCUGGGAUGGCGGAGAGGGUGCUAUUCUACCAGAACAGGCUGGUGUGGACUUGGGUGCUCUGACUGAUGCGGAGACGUAUAUCAGAGAUACAGAUUGGAGUUCUGUGGUGAAUUGAGAUAGGAUAACAUCG